GAGUGCUGACGUAAUAUGCGACUCUGCCCUUUGUCAUGCAUAUAGGAAGGGUUUGCAUUGCAAAUGCGCUAGGAUGUCAUUUCUCCGUCCCUGAUUUGACAGUGGCCUGCAACCAGGAUGUGUAUGCUCCCAGCAUGUUUCACUUUGACCCCACCCCCACCACACCCCACCUGAUAAGCAUUGUGGUUGAGUUCCAGAGGAAAGUAUGACACUGAAAACCAACAAAACAGUCACGUGAUUAGGAUCGCUCUCUAGCGAACCUCUUGCCAUCUACUCUCCCUCCCCCAUCUCCUCUCAGUCUCUGCGUGCAUUUGUGCUCCUCUGUGUUUCUACCACACAGAUGACUUCAAACGGAUCUCUCUAGUUCACCUGUGUUGACCCUGCAGUGUAGGAGCCUUUCCUGUACAUGUUGCUGACUCAACUCACUCCCUCACCACUCUCCACCUCUGGUUGUUUGUGUUACAGACGUGCCAAACUGCGGCUGUACCUUGAGCAGCUGAAGGAGCUGGUUCCUUUGGGUCCGGACAGCACUAGACACACCACACUGAGCCUGCUGAAAAGGGCCAAGAUGCACAUCAAGAAGCUGGAGGAGGCGGACAGAAAGGCUCUGAACACCAAAGAGCAGCUCCAGAGAGAGCACCGCUACCUCAAACGACGUCUGGAACAGCUGGUGAUGCCUGGAGGCGUGGAACGUACCCGAACCGACAGCCUAGGCUCCACCAUCUCCACCGACUCAGAGCAAGAGGUGGACAUUGAAGGCAUGGAGUCCCCCCUGGGCGAGGGCGAGGGCGAGGGGGACAGCGUGGACGAGAGCAUCAGUGACGACGGCCUCCUGGACGGCGAGGAGGAGGAGGACUACAACCUGCAGAGCAGCUCCAGCGACGCCAGCUACACACAGCAUUCCUCCCACAGACUGCAGCCGCACCACUGCUAGGGGCCACCAGGGGGCCCCUGAGGGCCACACCUCCAAUCAGCCCUCUAUGACCCCAGCCCCACGUACCCUCCUAUUCCCUUCCUACCCCCCCUAACAUUGCCCCAGCACGCACCUCCUCCAGCCCACGCUACGCGGUCAUCAGCCACCCCCCCAGCAAACAGCGGCUGUGGUCUCCCCCUCCCCAAUGUCCCCAUUGGAGUUUAUUCCUUGGAACCAGGAAGUAGACUGUAGAUGUUCCUGUCGUGGCUGACUUCCUGACUUUUUCCUGUCCUAACCCCUACACCACACCCUACCUCACCCCUAUCCUAUCACCCCUUAUCCCGCUUAUCUUGCCUAACCUGACCCCCAGACCUCCCUCACCUCUACCUGUUGUUGUGGCUGCAGGCUCGGAUAUAGCAGAGCAGUUUGUGGUUUCGUUGGGGACCUCUGUGGUGUGGUGGCAGACAGCUUUGACUUGUCAAUGGGAACUCAGCGUGUGUGUUUAACUGUGUGUGUGUUUGUGUGUGUGGCAUAGUUGUGUGUGCGUGUGCGUGUGUGUGUGUGUGUGUGUGUGCGCGUGUGGUAUAGGAUAGAGCAUUAGCUGGGGACAAACUUCAACUCCGUCAUUUGAAUGAGGCACAAUUUCUGAUGGAGAAAAAAAAUAACGUUCUAUUGGAAUGUCCUAUUGGAGUGUUCUAUUGGAGUGUUCUAUUGGAGUGUUCUAUUGGAGUGUUCUAUUGGAGUGUUCUAUUGGAAUGUUCUAUUGGAAUGUCCUAUUGGAGUGUUCUAUUGGAGUGUUCUAUUGGAGUGUUCUAUUGGAGUGUUCUAUUGGAGUGUUCUAUUGGAGUGUUCUAUUGGAGUGUUCUAUUGGAGUGUUCUAUUGGAGUGUUCUAUUGGAGUGUUCUAUUGGAGUGUUCUAUUGGAAUGUCCUAUUGGAGUGUUCUAUUGGAGUGUUCUAUUGGAGUGUUCUAUUGGAGUGUUCUAUUGGAGUGUUCUAUUGGAGUGUUCUAUUGGAGUGUUCUAUUGGAGUGUUCUAUUGGAACAUAUCUCUUGUUAAUCUGCAAACCCCAAUCAAUGUUACCAAAUGUACUGGACAUUAGGGUCAAUAUUUCUAAGGGCAGCACAUUGAUAUCUCUCCCUCUGGCUGAGUUCCUUAACCACUACUCCACACUACUGAACACGACACUAGAAGUGGGUCUGAAAUGGCACCCUAUUCCUUAUAUGGUGCAAGUAUCUGAAAUGGCACCCUAUUCCCUAUAUGGUGCAAGUGUCUGAAAUGGCACCCUAUUCCCUAUAUGGUGCAAGUAUCUGAAAUGGCACCCUAUUCCCUAUAUGGUGCAAGUGUCUGAAAUGGCACCCUAUUCCCUAAAUAUUCACACACGGUGCAUCCUCAGAAUGGAAAACCAUACUUGACUUUUCAGUAGCAUAUUGAUGUAGCAAUAAAACACGGGAAGAUACUGCUUUCUCGAGCCUUUAAGCGAUUCUGGUGGGUCAAUUUUGUCCCAAAAUGGCAGCAUGAUUGCCCUCUUUUACUAAGUUAUAGAGGACAACUGGGCAUUUUGGAGGGGAAGACAGUGGAUCAGCAAGAUCAGGCUAACCAUUCUUGUUAUUCACUAAUAGAUCCAUUUAUUACCCUGCUGUCAGUCUACUCCUAGCUCCAACAGUUCUAGAUGUGUGUAUGCGUGUGUGUGUAUGUAUGCAGGCGUGCAUGCGUAAGUGUGUGUGUAUGUAUGCAUGCGUAAGUGUGUGUGUGUGUGUAUGUAUGCAGGCGUGCAUGCGUAAGUGUGUGUGUGUAUGUAUGCAGGCGUGCAUGCGUAAGUGUGUGUGUGCACGGUCGGUACACAUUGACAUGUCAAAGCUGUAGAAGUGCAUAAGAAUAAAAAGCCAGCUCUAAUGAUCAGCUCUCUGUAGAGGAAUAGGUAUUGCAUCAAAACUAAUCAUAACAAUGCUUUCAUUUCUCUAACUCAAAGGUAGAUUUGUGUAUUUUCUCUGCUAUAUCUGUUAGCUAGAUACUACUUCUGAAGCUUUGGGGACAUUGUAAAAGACCAAUGUAAUGUAUUCUUAGAAAUGUACAGCACUGUCUCCAAAGCCAUGCACACUAGUGUAAAAUAUUGACGGAAAGAGGCAUAUCUUUGGCCUUCUGAACAUUUAACCGUUUAGGCCUGAGUUUGUCUCGUAAUCCUUAGAGCUUGGCAUUCCAACACUUCAAAAAGGGCCAGUCCACGACUUGGCAGGUCUGAGACCAAAAAAAGAACAAACAAAAAAAAUCACAAAAGACAAAAAACGUUGCAAUGAAAAACCCAGCUAUCGGUCACUGAAAGUGAUACUGUAGUCUAUAUUUUCUAUUCUAUUUUCCUAAAUGUUCUCGUUUAACGAAAAGACAAAAAAGAAGAGUAUAUCUAUAUAAAUAUAUGACAGGCAGACAGACAGAAGGCCAGGCUAGUUGAAGGUAGAGAGAGUGUAGAACAGGGAAGCUAGGAACCUGGUUGCCCCCUUCUCUAGAUCUCUCCCCAAUGUCAUUCUGUGCCUUGGUGACUGUUGUCGUGUGCCCCCCUCCCUCCUCCUCCCUCCAUCCCUACUCAGGUCUUGACCCUGCUACACACUCCCCCAGCUCCACCCCCUUGCCCCCCAGCUCCACCCCUUUUCGGAGUAGAUGAACACUUUGUUUUAACCCCUUCCAUCCCAAGCCAAAUGGUAAAUCUGUCUCCUCCUUGAGUGAAGAAGGGGCACGUGAAGAACUGAUUUUAGCCCCUUUUGCCUCCAUCGAGUACUCCUCAAGGUGUACCCCUGGUGCGGUUGCCAGGUACGCCCUACCCACUUGACGCCUGCCUGCCACACCGCUUAAAGUCAACACUGACCAUACUGGUAACUCCCGAUGGCAGCUUCCAUUCACUCGCCCUGGCUGGUCAUUAUUGGGGUUCAAUCAGUCAACCUGAUUAAGGGUUUAAACUGCUUAAUUUGUUGUUGUGGCAGCCAUUUUGUUUUAGCUCUGUUUAUGAAAUGCACUUGUUUUUGAACAGGAAACCAUUUGGGUGAGGAGAAGGGAGGAGAAAUCCAAUCAAUGAAGGCAGCUCGUGGUGUUCUCCUCCCUCCCUCCUCCCGGUGGCACCUUCCCUACUCUACUCUACUACCAUAGUUUUACCGUGACCCUGGUGGUCAUGGGGCGUCUCGAGACACAGCAAUAUGACCAUCUUGUGCUUUUUAAAGAGGAAGUGGGCGGUUGGUUGGUAGGCAGGCUUGGGUUUUGAAAAAAAAGAAAAAGACAGAUUUGUGCUUCGACUCUGUGGUUCAUUUUGUGGCCAACAAUGUUAACAUUUCUGUUGAUGGAUUUUACCUCUGAACUCUCUCCAUACACUGAAGGAGGGCGAAAAGAAACUAACCGAGAAAGAUCAGUUCUUGAGUUUACAUUCAUGUCAAGGACCUAUGUACACGACUGUUAGGAGCACAGAUGUACUACUCUUUCAGUUUGCUUUUGAAAUGAACAACUGAGUAAAACUUGUCAAAUGAAAACAAAAUAUUCUCUUGCACAGAACCUCCCAUCAGCUAAUGUGAGGCAAUGAGUAAACGGAAACACACGUGGGCCAGGUAUGAGAUUUCUCAUGUUCAGCGACAUCAUUUUAUAAUGCACAUAGCGCACGUUCAGAAAGAGUGAGUGGUUGGAGGGCAGGUGUAUUAGCAGAGGAGGAUACUGAUUCAGAUACUGAAUGCAGGAGCAAAAGAAGUUGAAAAGACGUUAAGCAGACGUCUUUUUGGUUGAAAAAUGUAUAUUUUGUGUUGAAAAUGACUUUUUUGGUUGAAAAGACGUGGCCUUUUCAAAGUCUUGCGCUCACUAGGUUUCAGGGAAUAAGACUGCUGGAGAGUGGUUAUGGAAUUUCUUUCAAUGAUGUGCCUUGAAAAUAACUUUGUUUUCUUUUAACCAGAGAGAUUGUACUUAAAGUGUGACAGAGAUUGUCGAGCAAAUCACUUGGCGAUAGGCAUUGAACACUAAAUGUGUUGACUUGUGAAUGAGUUUGGAAACGCCUGGGGAAAGUAUCGGUUGAAAGAUGUGUGCUCGACUCUCAACCCUUUCACAAUGCAAAAACAACAUUAUUGUAAAAGUAAUCGAUGGUGCUGUCCAACAAGCUUCCUUUAAACGUCAGAGCGGGGGGGGGGGGUUGACACACUUAUCAAUCAAGAUGUGUUGACUGUUGUCGAAGCCGAGAGGUGGUUGAUCCCUGCUUUAAAAAUCAUCUAGUCUCUGAAAUUUAUCCAAGUGUGUUUCAUUUUUCUUUUCAAAGCACAAAAGCACAGCAAAAUGAUGAUUGAGUCUGUCUGCAAGGCUAUUGCUGCCAAGGGAGUCAGCAGGAGGGUGGGAGGGAGAGAUUGGGGUGAAAUAAGGUUGAGGCUCAGACCAAACAAGUGAAGCCUGUAUAGAGGCAAGGGGAAAGUCAACAGACGGACAUACACUCAGACCUGGGUUCACAUAGUAUUGUGAAAUCUCUGAAAACACUUUAUCUGUGUUUGAUUGUGGCUGUCUGCCUGUUUUUAAUGGAAUGGGCCCAAAAGAGCAAAUCCCACCCAUUUGGCUGGCAGGCAGACUUAACAAGCAAAGUAUUUGAAAUCUUCCUAUUUGAGCUCAGGUCUGACAGUUACUUUCAGAUACAAAUAGAACCCAUUCCUGUCCUCUGUCCUUUCCAAGUGCAGCGCUAUGAACAAACAAUCGAAUAAUGCCGUAACGAAAACCCGAUUCCUGCCAAAUAACUAGUCACUUUGAUUUUCUUUCCACCCCCUUGCGGACAGUCAUCAGACACCUAUGGAAUCCCAUCUUAAAUCAGCUUUAAUAGCAACAUGAAAUGUAGAUUUUAGUCCCAAGUGUAUCAUUGUCUCUCUUCUUAAUCCCUCUAACCCGUUACUGUCCUUUCUGUGUGACAUUGCUAGAGCACCGUCUGAAGAUAGGAAUGAUUUCUUUCCUCUUUUAUGUUAUGAGUUCUGCGAUCGUUCUCUUGUUGUCGUCUUGUUGUCGAGUUGGCAUGAGAGAACUCUUAAUCCCGAGGGUGUUGUGUGUCUCGUUGAUAGACAGUUUAGGGGCCUCGGAACUUUGGCCAGAGGGGGGGGGGGCUGGUUGAGAUUAGGUUCAGAGGGAGGGAGAGGAUGAAGGGGGCUGAGGGAGCUUGGCAUCGUAGUCAGGCAAAACACUGAGUAGGGAGAGUUCUGUGCCAGAGACCUGUGAAUAUGUUCCUUUAAUAGCAGAUGUUGUAAUAUGCUUUCAAAAGAUGUGCUAUAUUAUAUAAAUUCCUAUGUAUGGAUACAUGAGUUUACCUGGUGCUGGAUAACAUUUUGGCACACACUUGAAGGUAUUACGGUGUAUUCUUUAAUUGUAAUAUAAUUAAAAAAAUGUUUUUUACACAA